CAACAGUGAUCAAAGGUGACAUUUAAACUGUCAGUUUGACGAAAUAUGUUGGGUGGUUUUUAGCGUUUGUUGAUCGCUGACUUAAUAUCGAAUUCAAUGGAUUUGAUACGCGACAGUGGUCAAAUGUUUCCUCUUCAAUGGCUAUUUUUGAGCAACAAACAGUCAACAAGGUUCUAUUAGAUGACACAGAGCCUCUAACAUGCGUCAUUGAAAAUUGGCGAAACGUCAAUGGACACACGGAGUUUGUGUUGAGAGUGCACCGUGGUCCGUUUUCGGAUAAGACUUGGCGCGUUAGCAAGAGAUACAAUGAUUUCCACAAGUUGCACAGCUAUUUGCAAACCUCAGGGAUCCCCUUGGAGUUUCCCCCGAAAAAGCUUAUCGGGAAUAUGGAACCGCACUUUAUUAGUGAAAGACAGCAAAGUUUACAGAAAUAUUUGAAUGCAGUCCUGAUGAAUCCCAUAUUAGUGUCGUCACUUCCUGCAAGAUCUUUUGUAGAUCCUGCAAAUUAUUGUCAACCUUUUGGGGAGUUGGCAUUGCAGCAUGUAUCCUUGGCCCUGCGCGGCGAAGUUGGCUGGGAAGUAUCGGGACCACUCACCGAGAUCGGAUGGCGCCUGCGCAAACACUACUACCAAGUGCGCCUGAAAUCCAUGCCGAAAGUCGAAUUUUUAGGCGGCUGGACCGACUAUGGCCCCGACAAGCACUUGGACGACAAGGACAUGCACGCGGUUUUUAAAUGUUUGUCUCAACUGCAACAUCCGUACAUUCAACCGAUCGAACUGUGUCUGUGUACUGACGUGGGUGGGUUAGCGAUACGUAAGAGUUUAAAGGGGGGGAGUGUUAGGGAUGCCUUGUGUCAAAGCAAACCGCAACAAUCCUUUUUGAAGAAAUACGGAAACCCCAAAGGUCAUAAACCUCUCGGGGUUGAGUUGGUUAAGUUAUACGGCCGCCAAAUACUAGAAGCUCUAAAGUUUCUACACGAAAAAGGCUUACCUUACGGCCAUUUACACACUGGAAACGUUUUUAUCGAAGAAAAUAACUUACGCAUACGCCUAACAGACAUAGAAAACGGCGUACUCGGCGUACCAUCGUUCUACCGCCCAUAUUUCAUGCAACACCGCAAAAUAAACACCAUGGAAGCCAUAGACGUUUACUGUUUCGGCCACACAAUUUACGAAAUGUCGUUCGGAGCCCCUCUACAUGAAAGCACCGCAGAACAAUCCGCCUUCAACGAAGCCUGCGAACCUCUAAAAAGACUUUUAGACUCGAUCCUAUCAGCGGAGGCUUUGAAACAAGGGCUGCCCUCUAUCGAGCAGCUGUUAAAUCACGAGUUUUUUAAGUGUACUGGGCAGACAAGUGCGCAGCAAGCCACCGCUGCGUCGCAGAAGUGUCAUUUGAAAAUCGGUAGCAGUACUAAGGAGAGGUUAAAGCACGCGAUUAAGCUGAUUGAGGAUCGGUUGACGGAUGAGCAGAAGAUGGUGAGGAGUCAAAAGAGGUUGGUUAAGGUACAGGAGAUGAUGAGCUCGGAGGAGGAGAAAAAAAAGCAGCGUAAUAAAUUGAAACAGGAACGACAUAUAGCCAAAGAACGGCAACGCAGCAUGAAAGAGCACCGCCAAGAAUCCAUGGAGAAAACAAACGGCGGCGAGCGAUCCGACAGCGUGAACAGCAGCGCGGCAACGUCGGUAGGCACGAGCACGCCACCGUCCGCGUCGAGCGUGCCCGCAACCACGACCGCCAAUAACACGACUGCAGCUCCUGUGGCUGCACCUCCACCACCACCCCCACCGACAAUGGCGGCGGCGGCGGCGGCUACAUCGCCGCCCCCUGCCAAUGGAGUGGGCAAGGAGAGAACGGCCCUGCUGGGCGCCAUCUGUAAUUUUAACAAGUCCGCUCUGCGCAAGACCAAAGUACCAACCAACUGAUUUUUAUAACGUAAUGACGUCACAAAGCGUAACUUUCCACAUGAGGUCAUUUUCAUGGCAAUCUUGACAAUUUAACUUAGGUCUUUGUUGUCGAAGAAUUGUCAAUGACAAUUUUUUAAUUUGAUUACUUGCUAAUGGGAGUUGGCUAAUUGACGUCGUAUUAAAAAAUAAUUAAUCAAAACCUGAACCCUGCCCUACUUUUCCCUGUGUAAAGUUGAUGUUAUAUCUAUAAAUUUAUGUGUAAAACCAUAUUAAUUGCUUGCAUAUAAAAUUGUUUUUGUUUUUAUUUACAUUGUGGAUAUUUUUAGUACAAAAAUUUUCCUACAUAAACUAGUUUGUGCACAUUUGCACUCAAAUUUCCCUUUUAGGACAGAAUCAGUCAAUCAUCACAUAUUUCAUAAUGAAAUUUUCCACAUUUUAUAUCUAUACGUAAAUAAUUUUCAAUUACUUCAUUUAACCAAGCAAUACAUAAACAAUUACCAAAAAUUAAGACUGAACAUAAAAGUUUUUGCAAAGGUAAGCUUGGUUCAUUAAUUUUUAACAUUGUAAGCUUUAAAUAAAUUCCAUAUUAUUAGCUUAGACAAAAGAGGAAGUAGACGGGAACUCGCCUCCUCAUCUCCCAACUCUUUGUAAGUUAUUUGUAUUGUGCUUCUGCAUGUAUUUUAUAUCAUGGUCGUGCGCAGGAUUUUCUCAUAGGGGGGUUAAAUUAUUAAAUUGUAAAAAAUAAAAUAAUAGCACUAAAUUAAAAAAAUGCAACAGCUGGGAUAUUUUUUCAGGGUACCCAGAAACUAUUAGCCAAUUUUCUGUUUUUUAAUAAAAUUGAUAAAAUCGCUUGGGUUUAUUGUUCAAAAAUAAAAUAUUGCAAAUUUUAAGCCAUCUCCAAGGCUGUUUAACUCAUUCAUUCAAAAGAUAUGGUCAAAAAGUUCAAGAAGCAAAUCUAACGAAAACCUCUUUUUCGUCAUCUAUACAACCGUUCGAGAUAAUCCCCAAAACCCCCCCUUGCGCACGGACCUGUUAUCUAUAGUAUAUAGUUGUUCUUAUUUUUAUUUUUAAUUCCCCUGUACAAAAAUGAAAUUUGAUGUGUAAUAGUAUCUACUUAAAGGAAGUAUGGGUAUUGUUAUGCAGGGUGUAUAUUUAUAUCAUAAAAUAAGACACAAAUCUCCAAUUUUUGACAUUUUAAAAAUUUUCAAUUGUACAUUUUGUUUUAUUGUGCUAACACACCCUGUAUGAAACAUAUAGUGAUUUAUUUAUUAUAAAUGUUGCACUUGUGAUACAUUGCACGAUGACAAAAACAUAAGGGUCCAUAUUAAAUGUUCUACCAAAAAAUAUUUGUCUUGAUAAGAGUAUGUGCGUAUGUACCGUAAUUCUUAACUAAAUAAUGGGGUACUUACAUUUUUUAACAUAAUGAACAUUUUGAUUUAAUCUGAAUUUUAAUUGCAUUAUUCAGAUAUUCUUAGUAUCAAGAUUCUGUUAUGUAAAGAAACGCCAAAAUUUGCCUUCUUGUUUAUAAAAAUAAUUAAAUGUUGAUUUGGCAAAACUGUUUCAAUGUAAAAAAAAGGUAGAUGUGGUAUGUUAGGAAAACUUUUCACUAGAAACUCAUUUUAGGGUAAAAUAUUUUACAGUAUAAAUUAUACUAGGGUAACAUUAAACCAUUUUAACUUCCAGAAAACUAUUUGUAGAAAAAUAAAAAAAACCGAAUAGGUGUCCCAAACAUACUCAGAUAUGGGUAUAUUUGGGUAUGUUUGCAAACAUGGGACUGUUACAAAAUUAAUAGACGCAUUCAAAUUUUCCCUUUAUUAAAGAAAUUCAACUAACCGCAGGUACAUUUACAGAAAAACGUUUAAAUUUAGGGGGUAAGUACAUUUAGGUACUUUAGGUAAUUAAAAAUAAAUGCAACUUUCGCAAAAAACCAUAGCAGUUUUUUAUAUUGCAAAAUAAACAUAAUAUCAACAGUUAAUUGACCAAUAUAGUGAACAUCAUAGGAUUUGGUAGCCAUAGCCGUUUACUUGACUUGUCUUAAUGAUUUUUUGCUUGUUUGAUUUUGUUUUUCUCCGGAGUCAGUUAAAAUCAGGCUUUUUUAUGGUUUUCUGGCAGAGUUGGGACCAAGCUCAGGAUUAAUUAUCUAAGAUGCUUCCCUUGUCUCUUCUCUUAACUAACUCUUAAUUAUAAAUUGCACGACUAAAAUAUGUAUUAUCUUUAUUAGGGGGGCCAGCCUUCAGGGGUGCUGCACAGAACUUGUUAAUUUAGUGUUAUAACAAAAUUUGUUGUGGGUCCCAUGUCUAAUAACUGAGAUAUGACAUAUGCAAAAUCCACCAGCCGCCACUGGCCAAGAGUUACAUAUUUAAACGUUAUUCUGAUUUGUACACUGUCCCAGACUUACCUAGGUCCCACAUCUCCCCUGCAUUAAAAAUUUAACAACCCUUUUCUAAACAAGUUAAACAUAGAUCUGUAAAAUAUUGUUUACCUACCUGUUUGUAAAUGUGCCUUUUCCAAAAAGUACCAUUUCUCAUUCAGAAUCAAUCAAUCAAAUUUGAGAAAAAAUUGUGCCAAUUAUUUUUUUUCGUUAUUUUGCUUGUAAUAUACACUGUGUCCAAAGUUCACCAUUGCUAUUAGUUAAACUAAGUUACUAUUGGAGCUACAAAGGACGUUCAAUUGUUUUCCUGAUUUCAUCAUUUCAAUCAGAAGAAAAAAUGACAUUUUUUUUGCUAAUUUAACUUUGUAGAUCCAAUAAUAACGGAGCAAUGGUGAGCAGAUAACUUUGGACACCGUGUAUGGCGGCAAAUUUUAAUAAAAAUUAUUCCUAUUUUAUUGUAUGUAACUAGUCAUCAUCUAUAAAUUUAUACUAUAGCUCUUUGUAUAAAAAUUUAUGUAAAAUUUUAGGUUUAAGAAUCAUUAAAAUAAAAUAAUCAAUUACCCAA